AUGUAUAUCCAUGAGCAGACCGACAUCGGCGGCUCUAGAAGGCGGGUGAUUCAACUCAACGUAGGCGGCAUAACACCAUUCUCCGUAACCCUACACAUGAAACAGCUCGCACCGUAUGAUGAAGAUCAUGGCGGAGUUACGUCUGCUAUCGUGCCAUUGCCUAGUAGCUCUGCGAUAAUUCUAGCAAACAUGCGUUUGUGUAGGAUAAAAUGGACCAUGGAUGCCAUUUGCACCCUAAUGACCAGCGAUUGGGAACCGGUUCGGUUGAACCUAGAGCCGUGGAUUGAGCAGCCAGAGGAAGAGAGGGUACACAAGAGGAAGAAGAGGGGCAAUAGAAACGAAGACGACCAAGGGUUACACGGCGAGUCAACGGAGCACCCCGGAAUCGGAUCAUCAGAGCAGUCUCAUUCCCAUAUUGGACUACGCAUGAAUAACGAGAAUUUCGAUUUCGAGCAAGCCGAAUCCUAUAUCCGCAAAUGGAUCGAUAGCAUCACGUACUGGAUUCAAGAUCUAGGAUGUCAACUUAACGCAUUUGAUCAAAUGUUCUCCAGCCUCAGCUAUUUGAAAGUACCUAUGCGCCAUCAGUGGGAGCUUGACGAACUGUGCAUUGCACCACUGGCCAAAAUCAAGGGGAGCCUUGAGGCAGUCUUCCCAGAGAACGAGAAUGAACAGCACCAACACGAGAUUCAGUCGCUUGUGGAUGAGGCGAAGACGAAAGCAGGCCACGUCCGUGAUCAAUGGCUCGAGAUAAUCACGAACAAAGGUUUCCAGGAUCUUAACGAUGAGGCGAACCAUACAGCGGACGACACGGCGGACGAUACAGCGGACAGAAGGAAGAAGCCGAUUCCUAUGCAGGGCACCUUGGAGAUUCUUUUGGAGCUGUGUUGUAGAUCGGCCCGUGACCAGGAAUUUGAAAAGGAGGCGAAGGCACCGAAGACCAAGAGCAGUCUGUGGAACAGAAUAAGACGCGCUCUUACGCUCGAUGCAGACACGACAAGGGUACCAGCCUCAGAGUUAAGGUCCAGACUAAGCGUCAGGAAGAUCAAGAAACGGCUCAGAAUCGCCGUGGAUUCUCGCCUUCGCGAAUUGAAACUACACCUGGACCAGGCCGAGGAUUUCCCUGCUAAGAAUCGCCCCCCACGUGUGAUCCAUGUUUGCUUUCUAUGCGGAACGACAGGUGCGACUAUUGAGGUCAUCACAUUGACGCCAGCAAAGCGCUGUCUUGAACAUGUUCGGAACCAACGGAUACUCCGAACUGGAUGGAUCUGGCGGGUGUGCGAAAAGGAUAAACCCAUUACCAGGAUGGACAUGAAGUAUCAUAUGUCGCAAGCCUACAAGAGAGACAUUGAGCCGGUUGCAUGUUGCAGAAUCUGUCGGAGAAUGCGGCGGUACGAUGAGCUAUAUACCAGUGGCAAGAGUGGAACCGGAAGCAAAUCCACGCCCUUUUCUUGCGCCGAGCUGGUCUGUGAACAACGAUGUCAGAUCUUUGAUGCUGGCUUCCUUGGACCUACAAGCAGAAGGCGGCUUGUAGAGCAGUUUCUGCGGUCCGUUCAAUGGUCUUUGCAGCAAGGACGGGACUGA